GGGCAAGCCCAUUGCACCGAGAGUGAGAGAGACCAGCGCGGCUACAGACAAUCACCAGUCAGUUAGUUGCAGCAACCUUGUAACGGACAACUCUCCCCCCAGUCAGCCCUGAACAUUUAGCCAGAGAAGCGGCCAGCAUGGAGAACUUGUACGAGACCGUAGCGGAGGGGAGCGUGUAUGAGCGGCCCGACAGUCCUGCCGAGGCCAAGUAUGAGAACCAAGGAGUUAUCUAUGAAACUCCCAGUGAGGUGGAAGAGGCGUUGCACAGAGAGGAGCAGGUGUACUCAUCCCCGAGAGGGAAGCGAUCUUCGCCGGACUACAUGGACACCAGAGACGCGCCGGAACAGGCAGCAGAGAAAGAUUGUUCUUCUAUAGCCUCCUCGUACGGCAACAACGAAGACGAUAAGUGCACGGUGGAGGAGAUUAAAUUAGCAGCAGAGGUUGAGGCUGUCCUCGAGGUUAACGGUGAUGGAGCUGGCUCGAGACGGUCAUCGUCAUCAUCAUCCUCCUCUUCCUCCUCCAAGCACGAGGACAACCUGCAGGACAGGCUGGUGGAUGCCUACAGCCACAGUGAGAAGAGUCUGAGCGACAAGGAGGAGGAAGAACCGGUGGACUACAGUCUGAAGACCAUCGAGACUCUAGAAGCCAUUACUCUGAACGAGGACAGUGCCACUCCUGAUGACCCCAAUGCGCCCGAAAUCUCCCUGUUUGUCAAGGCGGGUAGCGAUGGAGAGAGUAUCGGGAACUGUCCGUUCUCCCAGCGUCUCUUCAUGAUCCUGUGGCUGAAGGGAGUGGUCUUCAAUGUCACCACCGUCGACCUCAAGAGGAAGCCAGCUGACCUCCAUAACCUAGCCCCAGGGACCCAUCCUCCCUUCCUGACAUUUAAUGGAGAGGUGAAGACAGACAUCAAUAAGAUAGAAGAGUUCCUGGAGGAUGUACUGGCUCCACCCAAGUACCCUAAGUUGGCAGCCAAGCAGAGAGAGUCCAACACAGCUGGAAACAACAUCUUUGCCAAGUUCUCAGCGUACAUCAAGAACACCAAGCCUGAAGCUAAUGGAGUCCUGGAGAAGGGUCUGCUGAAGGCACUGAAGAAGUUAGAUGACUACCUGGCUGGUCCCCUCCCAGAGGAGAUCGAUGCAGACAGCAUGGAGGAGGAGAGGGGGUCCACCAGACGCUUCCUGGAUGGAGAUGACCUCACCCUGGCUGACUGCAACCUACUGCCCAAACUACAUAUAGUCAAGGUGGUUGCUAAGAAGUAUCGUAACUAUGAGAUUCCGUCAGAGCUGGGUGGGGUGUGGCGCUAUCUGAAGAAUGCCUACACACGAGACGAGUUCACCAACACCUGCGCUGCCGACAACGAGAUAGAGAUGGCUUACCUGGAUGUGGCCAAGAGACUGGAGAAGUGACAUUUAACCCCUAACCUACAACCAUGAUUUUUAACCCCUGGCCUCUAACCCCUGACCUCUAACCCCUGUCCUCUAAACUACAAGCCUGAUUUUUAACCCCUUGAAACCUAACCCCUGACCUCUAACCCCUGACCUCUAACCCCUUAUCUCUAAUCCCUGACCUCUAAUCCCUGACCUCUAACCCCUGACCUCUAACCCCUGAUCUCUAACCCCUGACUUCUAACCUACAAGCGUGAUUUUUAACCCGUUGACUCCUAAUCCCAACCCAUAUCAGCAGUUACCAUGAAGCCAGUCCACAGUGACCAGCUGGUUGUAUUUAUUCAUAAUUUCCCCUGCUGUAGUCUGCCUCCACCAUCAACAUCUGGCUACUGAUUAUACUAAUAUAUUGAUUGAUGUAUUGAUCUGUAAUUGAUAAUACACUGUGUUGAAAGGUCCAUUACAAUCACGAGCUUCACUUGGUUGAUUUUCAUAUCGUUUUGCUGUAGUCUCUCUAUUUGAGACAGAUCUUAUGUUGAGAAGUUGAUUUGAUAAUUUGUUAACAAAUUUUAAUGUAUUUUAAAAACUUUU